AAUCCAUUCUCAUAUUCAUUAAUACCCAUAAAACUGAAUCCGACCCAAGCUCUCCAACCAAGCUAUCUUCAAACAUUAUAAAUUGCCUGGUUUGGAUUUCCAUCCAUCAAUUCAUCACUGCAUAUCGUACAAGUUUCAGAGAUUUUUUUGCCCACAAGAUUUGGAAAUGGCAAUGAGCAAAGGUGGUUUGAGUUUUGUUUUGGCUUUGCUUGGCCUGAUAUGGGGAAGUGCUGGGCUUCGUACUUCUGGAGUUUUUGAUGAUGAUUUCUAUGUGACAUGGGCACCUGAUCAUGUCAGAAGGCUCAAUGGCGGCCGCACUGUCCAGAUUUCUCUUGACAGGCGCUCAGGCGCUGGCUUUGCUUCCAAGCAAGCGUAUCUGUUUGGCAAGUUCGAAGUGAGGAUAAAGCUUCCACCGGGAAAUUCAGCCGGAACAGUUGUAGCCUACUAUUUGUAUUCCAAUCAGCCUAACCGAGAUGAGAUAGACAUUGAAUUUCUGGGGAACGUGGUGGGCAAAAAAUACAUCAUGCAAACAAAUAUUUUCUCUGAUGGCUAUGGCAAUAGGGAGCAAAGGAUUGGCCUUUGGUUCGACCCCACUGCUCAAUUCCAUACCUACACCGUGUUUUGGAACCGAUACCAUAUUUUAUUUUUUGUGGAUGGAGUCCUAAUCAGAGCACACAAGAACAAUGCAGUAUUGGGCAUAGCAUACCCACGAAGGCAACCCAUGUCUUUGUAUGCAAGCAUCUGGAAUGGGGAGGAUUGGGCAACAAACGGAGGGAAAACUAAGAUCACUUGGAGGAACAAUGACCCAUUUGUGGCUGGUUUUACAGAGUUGUACAUUGAUGGAUGUGUGUGGAAUGGCAACCCCAGGUUUUGCAAAGGUGGGAGCACAAACAAUUGGUGGAAUGAGAGAAAGUAUGCUUUCCUGAGUUCCAGGGACAGCGCGAUGCUCAGGUGGACCAGAAGCCAUUUCCUCAUCUAUGACUACUGCAACGACAAGACCAGAGGGAUUCCCACUGAAUGUUUCCACAAGAUCUAGCUUUUUCUCUCUCAAUACCUUAGUCUCACUGGGUGUGGAAACUUUGUUUCAUUCAAGCCAUUUAGUACAAUUGAGAAAGCUUGAUUUUUUAUUCGCUUAGUAUACAUAUGCCUAUCUUUAUUUCCAUUGGCAUUGUUGGAGAUGCUUCGUUUUCAAUAAAGAAGAGUGCACCACCUUUUACUUAUUCAUUA